UCUUCGCGUGAUAUUGCAAACCCCCGCAGCGGUUACUCCGGCUGUAGAGCAUAAAGUAAGGCCUGUAAAUAACUUUUUACAUUCCAUGUUCAAUCAAGUUGAUGUGUUCUUCAAUCAAAAGCUUGUGUCGCCUCCGAACAAUGCUUACGCGUAUCGAGCCUAUUUCGAGACAUUGUUGAAUUAUUCUUCAGAGGCAAAAUCCUCUCAUCUUACCAUCUGUUUAUGGGAUAGCGAUCCUCCGGGUCUGAUGCAUUCAGAAGUAAUUGCACCGAAUGACAACCCCGCUCUCACGAGACGUAUAGAGUAUUUCAAAAAUAAUCGUGCUGUGGAUCUCAUAGGACAUCUACAUUGCGANGUUUUCAAUCAGGAUAAAUUCUUGAUUAACGGAUUCUGUCUCAUGGAAUCUACGCCGCAGACAAGAGUUCGUAUUGUAGACGCCACCUUGAUCAUGAAGAGAGCAAAACUAAGCGCUGGAGUUUUAUUAGCUCACGCUAAAAUGCUGAGCAAAACCACUGCAAAUUAUCCUCUCACAAGAGUUGAAGUUAAAUCGUUUACGAUCCAUAGAGGUGUGGUGGGAGAAUCAAUUGACAACGCCAUACUCGGACAACUGCCGAAGCGAGUGAUAAUCGGUUUUGUCGAAAAUAAGGCGUUUAACGGCGAUAAUAGACUUAAUCCGUUUAUUUUUAAAAACUUUAAUAUAAAUUUCUNGUCGCUUUACGUCGAUGGAAUAACGGGUAUUCAUUUUCUAAACGAAGGCAAUGCUAUAAGCAGAGAUGCUUAUGCNCACGGAUACACACUCUUCGCUUUUGAUUUCACACCCGAUUUAUUGGCCAAUUGCGUCGAACAUUGGAAUCUCGUGAAGCACGGUAGUUUGCGAAUUGAAGCACGGUUCGAAAAAGCUCUCUAA